AUGUUUGAAAGCCCGAUUGUCCGGCCACUAGCUUGUUAUACAAUCAACUUCGUAAUAUCUUAUUUUGAGAAGAACGUCAAGGUGCAGAGAGGCAAAAUCAAUACAUAAAAUCACCUAAAUUUAGAUUGCGACGAAGCAAUCGUCGCUGAUAAAGUUUAAAUAGAUAUUCACGCUGUCCAUUAACUAUGUCAACUACAGCAAAUCCCACUUACGCACCUGGCCCUGCGAAUUCAAGAACCACCUCGAUGAAUGCGAACCAUACCCAUGCCGAAUAUCCCAAUGGACAUCAUCACCAUAACGAUGCUGGAGUUAAGAAGGGAAAGCAGAAGAAGGCGACGGAUCCGAGCGAAGCUUCGAAGUUGAUCGCGGCCAAAAUCUCGCAACUGGAACUGGAUGCAGCUGGAGAGAAGGAUCAAGAGGCAGAGAUUGGUUCGUUUUGCCCAUUCUAGAUACUCCCUCCCAAUCACCAAUUUGUAUCUUGCACCAGAUAUUUUGCUGCGGCGCGCAUUACCUACUCGAAAUGUGUCGCGGCGAAGGAGAGGGGUAAGCGCUUCGCUUCAGAACUGAAUUGUUGUGUGUGGUCAAAUUUAGAAAGGAGGGGUGUCGUCCUUUUUGGUUCUAUGAUAGAUCAAAAAGUAUUUGGUAUCAUUUUUCCAUUUUGGAGAGACCAGAGGACCGAUUCGCCCCAUUUUGAGUUUCCUGCGAGUGCAUAUGGAGGGGCAAUGUGAAAUUAAGUUUUACUGGAAAAAAUUGCUAACAGAUUAUCCUCUCAAGAACGCGAAGUGAAAAAAGCGAAUCGAGAACUGAAUAACCUCACAUCCAAAAUGGAUGAUCUUCAAAAAAUUGAGACCCUUUCCAGGAGGGUCACGGAGCACCUCGCGGACAUGAAGCGACUGGAGCGGGAUAACCAGAAGAACAAGAAGCGUGGUGACGUGCUGCAGAAGGAGAAAGACGUUGCGAGAACCGAUCUUGCCAAAUCCAAUACACUCCGAGAGAAGUUGGAGAAACUUUGUAGAGAAUUACAGAAAGAAAACAAUAGACUCAAGGUGCGCAUUUUACUGGGUGCAUGUGAUUUUACAGAUGCUAAGCGGGGUUAGGGUGAAAACAAGACUCUGCAUGAUACCGAAAAGAAGGCCAAAGAGGAGUGGGAUCAGAAAUGGGACGAAAUGCUAUGGCAAUUUCAGGACUAUCAAGAUAAAAAGGACCAUCCCCAAACUGUGGUUGUCAACCCUGAAAUUGACGAGCUGUAAGUUCCCCCAUGCCGCCGGAGUCCCAUUACUAACUAUUUUUCUCCCAGUUUCAAAGCGAGGUUUAAGUCUUUAAUUGACCAGUACGAACUACGGGAGCUUCAUUUUCAUUCUCUUCUACGUACAAAAGAGCUCGAGGUUCAGUACAACCUUGCCAGAUUUGAGCGUGAACGAAGAGCCGCCGAACAGGAGGUCAAUCGGGCAAAACAGUUGAAUCAGCAGGUCCUUACCUUUUCCAAAACCGAAACCGAGUUGCGAAACCAGCUGAAUAUCUAUGUUGAAAAGUUCAAGCAGGUAUGACCUACUUUUCUAUACAUGAUCUUGGUCGCGUGGUGCUAUUAGAUGCCUAGAGCUAAUUGCCCGUCAGGUGGAAGACACGCUCAACAACAGCAAUGACCUAUUUCUAACGUUUCGCAAGGAGAUGGAAGAAAUGUCGAAAAAGACAAAGCGCCUCGAGAAGGAGAAUAUGUCUUUGACUCGAAAGCAUGAAGUUACCAAUAAGAACAUACUCACAAUGGCCGAGGAACGCAACAAGAGUACCCAUGAAAUCGAGGCGUUGAAGAAGAGAAAUGAUAAGCUAAGAGAUAUCAUUGACCAGAUGCAGAGACAAGGACGAGGUCUUGCCCAAGGCAUGGCGGGAACCGUGGAAGGGGAGUAUACUGAAGGUGAUUUAGAAGGAACAGAGAGCGAGUACGAGUAUGAAGAGGGCGAGGACGAAGGAAGUGAUGGAGAAUACGACGAGGAUACAGAGGAGGAUCUUCACCCGGAGCCUCCAAGACCCUUUGGACCUGUACCACCUCCACCCCCGGCCAUGAAUGGCAUGACUGGUGCGAAUGGCGUACACUGAGUAAGGUGCCAGGCCUAUCAAUAACACAAUUUUGUAUUAAGAUCUCAGUAUCAAUUCUCGAUGCCGCUUGGCAUUGUGCGUGCAUAUGAACUUGCAAAGUAUUUCUUUUGCGAGGUAGCAUCGAGUCAGACAAUCUCACUUUGCACACAUGUAUAUGUAUUAGCAGACAAAUCAGUAAAUAGUCAACCUCGCUUGCAGUACCUAGCGCGCGGGAACAAUUAAUUGUGAGUGGUUUAGUUGUUACCAUGUCCUGUUCGAAAGGCGAACUCGCUUUGUUCUCACUAA